CAUAAUGCAGUUCGACACAUUCCUUGCACAGGAAUCGACUUGUACUCAGUAGCUGCGCAUGAAAUAGGGCAUUCGCUGGGUUUGAAGCACUCCAGAAAUCUCAAAGCACUCAUGGCUCCGUUAUAUCAGCCAUACACGGGCGAAGACAUUCACUUGCAUUCAGAUGAUAUUAAGGCGGUUUAUCAGUACAACAUUUGCGAUGAUCCGUCGAUAGAUGCUAUAACUGUGAUUGGCAAUGGUUCAACUUUUGCCUUCAAGAUGUCUUACGAUAUCGGUUAUCCUCGUAAAAUCGCCGCCGAUUGGAAUGGACUUCCAGACAAUUUAGAUGCAGCCACAACUGACCAGGAAGGAAAUACUUAUUUUUUUAAGGGUGAUUUAUAUUGGUUAUAUGAUGAAAAUGGUCAUGGUAUCAAAGGAUACCCUCGAAAGAUAUCGGAAGGACUGGCAGAUAUGCCGAACAACAUUGAUGCUGCUAUGACAUGGAGUUAUGACAAAAAACCCUAUUUUUUCAAAGGCAAUUUAUUCUGGCAGUACUCGUCAUGGGGGCUUCAAGGUUCAUGGCCAAUGUUUCUUCACUCAAUAUCAAAUAAUUUGCCCCAGCGCAUUGAUGCAGCAUUUAUGUGGACCAAUGGAAAAAACUAUCUCUUUGCUGAUCAGUAUUACUACAAGCUUAGCAGCUGGCGGGUUAUGAAGGUAGGAAAAGUUACUUGA